CCAGGCCCCGCUGGGCUAUAAGUAGGCGGCCCUCCGCCUACUUCUCAUUUUUUUUCCCAUUUACCUCUGCGGAACCCCCCUCGCCUCGAGAUUCGCGCUGCCGUGUCUGCUUCUGGGUCCGCGCUGCCGUUGUCUAGCGUCCCGAGCUAGAUCUCUCAGCUCGCUCUUCGCCGCCGUUUUGGGCUUAGAUCUGGCUGGGGCGAGUAGGUGGAGGCCGGCCGCAGAUUCGCGAGGAGGGAGGGGAGCCAUGGAGCUGGGGGCGGCCGGGAUGCGGCGGUCCGCGUCGCACAACUCGCUGUCCGGGUCCGAUGACUUCGACCUCACACACCUGCUCAACAAGCCGCGGAUCAACGUCGAGCGCCAGCGCUCCUUCGACGACCGUUCGCUCAGCGACGUCUCCUACUCCGGUGGCCACGCCAGGGGAGGCGGAGGCUUUGACGGCAUGUACUCCCCGGGCGGCGGUCUACGCUCUCUGGUCGGCACGCCGGCCUCCUCGGCGCUCCACUCUUUCGAGCCCCACCCCAUAGUAGGCGACGCCUGGGAGGCCCUCCGCCGCUCCCUCGUCUUUUUCCGCGGCCAGCCGCUUGGUACCAUCGCCGCUUUCGACCAUGCAUCCGAGGAAGUCCUAAACUAUGACCAGGUGUUUGUGAGAGAUUUCGUGCCCAGCGCCAUGGCGUUUCUGAUGAAUGGCGAGCCGGAGAUUGUCAAGAACUUCCUGCUCAAGACCGUUUUGUUGCAGGGUUGGGAGAAGAAGGUUGAUCGGUUUAAGCUUGGUGAGGGGGCCAUGCCUGCAAGCUUUAAAGUGCUUCAUGACGAUAAGAAGGGUGUUGAUACCCUUCACGCCGAUUUUGGUGAGAGCGCAAUUGGGCGGGUUGCACCAGUGGAUUCGGGGUUCUGGUGGAUCAUACUAUUGCGGGCCUACACAAAGUCCACCGGGGAUUUGACUCUGGCAGAGAGGCCGGAAUGCCAGAAGGCAAUGAGGCUCAUUCUGAGCCUGUGCUUGUCUGAGGGAUUUGAUACCUUCCCGACAUUGUUAUGUGCUGAUGGUUGCUGCAUGAUAGAUCGUAGGAUGGGCGUGUAUGGCUACCCCAUUGAAAUUCAAUCCCUUUUCUUCAUGGCACUAAGGUGUGCUCUUCUAAUGCUUAAACAUGAUGCUGAAGGGAAAGAUUUUGUGGAGCGGAUUGCAACUCGUCUUCAUGCUUUAAGUUAUCACAUGCGGAGUUAUUUUUGGCUGGAUUUCCAGCAGCUAAAUGAUAUUUAUCGUUACAAGACGGAAGAAUAUUCUCAUACAGCCGUCAACAAAUUUAAUGUUAUUCCAGAUUCUAUUCCGGACUGGCUAUUUGAUUUCAUGCCUUGUGAGGGUGGUUUUUUUGUUGGUAAUGUCAGUCCUGCAAGGAUGGACUUCCGUUGGUUUGCACUUGGAAACAUGAUUGCCAUAGUAUCAUCUCUUGCUACACCUGAGCAAUCUAUGGCCAUAAUGGAUCUCAUUGAGGAGCGCUGGGAAGAGUUAAUUGGUGAGAUGCCUCUGAAGAUAUGCUAUCCUGCUAUUGAGAACCAUGAAUGGCGUAUCGUGACGGGAUGUGACCCCAAAAAUACGAGAUGGAGUUACCACAAUGGAGGAUCUUGGCCAGUACUUCUCUGGCUGCUCACGGCAGCAAGCAUCAAAACUGGACGGCCGCAAAUUGCAAGAAGAGCAAUUGACCUAGCUGAGAGGAGGCUGUUGAAGGAUGGCUGGCCUGAGUAUUACGAUGGUAAACUUGGAAAAUAUGUUGGCAAGCAGGCAAGGAAAUUUCAGACUUGGUCUAUUGCUGGGUAUUUGGUCGCCAAGAUGUUGCUGGAGGAUCCUUCACAUCUUGGUAUGAUAGCCUUGGAAGAGGACAAGGCAAUGAAGCCAGUUUUGAGAAGGUCCGCCUCAUGGACAAACUGAUACACAAGAGCUUUAGGGGAGCAACGUCUGGAUUGAAAACACGAAUUCUUCGCGUAGCAUUUCUCUGCUCAUCCCUUGUUUUGACUUUCCCAACGGAAAAUUUUAUUUUCUUCUGAAUUCCUCGGCUGUACAAUAUCUCAGCUCAUUUAUUGAGUUGGAAAAGAAGCAAUUGUGGAAAUGGGUAUUCUCUUUUCUUUUCUUUUCAAUCCAUCGUUGUAAGAAGAUACUAUUGAUUCUUGCUUGGUCGUCCUGUAGUAACGGGAUCCUUGACUCAAAACUUUGUUGUUUGGGUUGACUAUAUAGACGAGUCUGCUGGUUCCAGCUUCCUAUGA